AUGGCCGCCCGAACACCUCUCACGUCUCGUCCGAUGGACCUCGUCUAUUUCAUAUUCUUCGUGAUACAUAUACCUGCUUCGCUGAUCAUAGACUUCCAAACUUUAUACCCAAAAUUCAUCCUCCCGGAAUUCGUAGCAGCCAUACCUCGCCUGUACUUCGACACGUAUGCUGACCCUCUCAUUGGAGGAGCAAUGGGAUACCUAGGGGACAAGCCCGAACUGGCCUGGUUCAAGAGCUUCUUGGUCCUCGAACUGAUCUUCCAAUUCCCUGUAUUCUUCAUCAGCGCGCGCGGUCUCUGGAAAGACUCCAAAAGCGUCUACAUCCUUAUCCUAGUCUACGCCGCCUCAACCAACAUAACCAUCCUCGCCUGCCUCGCCACACUUUUUGCGACACCGAUCACUACAAUCGGAGUCCAUGUGCCCGGUGCUAUCACGUCCAAACAGCUAUUCAUGCUGCUACAGAGCUAUGGGCCAUUCUACGUCUUGACAUUGGUCAUGACGGUGGAAAUGGCAUUUAGGUGCCACAAACUCGUGCUAAAGGCAGCCAAGGUGGAGGACGCUGCGAAGACGAAGUAA